GCCAGUGCGACGAGUCGACCGUGUCUGAUCACGAGCUACGUGACCUUCUCAACGCCAUCCACUAGCGCCGGCGGCGUCACCGCCCCGCGGCCAUGGAGCGACCCAACUUCCAGUUCCGGAGACGCGAGGAGAAGCUGGAUUGGAAGAAGCUGGCCGCGCUGGACGUGGACCAGAUCACCAAGACGGUGGACUACAAGGCGCUGCAGGACAGCAUCCGCCAGGUCACCUACUGCGACGCCACCAAGGAGUUCGACGCGGCCACGGCCGACCCCAACCUGGUCAAGGUGUUCCGGCUGUCGCAGCUGAUCAUCGAGUACCUGCUGCAGAGCCAGGACUUCCUGGCCAACAACCUAGCCAAUGUGGAGCAGCGGCUCAACUCGACGCUCGAGGAGCUGGACGCGGCCAACGCCCGCGCGCGACGCGACCAGGAGGACCUGCGCGAGAUGCGAAAGGGCCUGCGCGCGCCCACCAGCUCCACCGUCAUGACGCUGACCGGCCACCAGCGGUGCCACUUCUGCCAGAAGGUGUUCAUCAACACCACGUACCUGCAGUCGCACAUGAUGAGGCGUCACAACCACAUGGUGUCCAAGCAGAUGAGCAACCAGACGCUAUCCACCGUCGGCCACGAGCAGCCGCAGCAGCGGACUCUGGAGGCCGAGCUGGACCGGAUGGAGCGCGAGCUGCAGAAGCAGGUGGUGGCGCUGGAGGGCAAGAUGGAGGCCCAGGAGCGCUACUGGCAGGGCAAGCUGCGCUGCAUGCGAGAGCGGCACGACGCCGAGGUGGAGAGUAUGCGCCUCAUGCUCCAGGACAAGGGCGCCGCCACGCGAGGAUUUCGGCCAUGA